AUGUUCUUAUUAAGUGUUGGAGGAAACUUAAUAUUGAUUAAAAUUUUUCAGAAAAUUCAAAAUUUAUUUAAGUGGCAAAUAGAGGAUACGAAAAAUAAUCCUUCUAAAAUGUUAACUGUAAAUUGCUUAUUAGUAAUCACAAUAAUAUUUAAGAUCUUUUUAUGUUAUUACUCAAUAGCGGGUUUUUUGUUUAGUUAAAUUUGGUAAUGGGAUUGUAAGACUUAAAUAUCAUCUUUAACACUCUCACCAUAAUUAUAUAUCAUUAUUUAAAUUUGCUAGGCAUAAACUUUGAACCUUACAUAUUGUUUUUGCAGUAAUUUGUGGCUCAGACUCUGGAGAAUGAAGUUGAGAAUUGAACAGAACUAGUCUCUUUUAGGAUUAACUAAUGUUUUAAAAGUUUUUCUUUCCUUAUUAAUCGUAUUAAUUCCGAUUCUUACUAUAGUUUCAUUGAUCUUAGAAUCAUAUAUUAAUAACAUUAGAGAAUAUUGUUUGGGUGCUUUAACUAUGUUAAGUACUAUCUCUUUUGCUGCUAUUUGCAUUAUUCUAUAUACAAAACUGAAAGAUUAAUUCAGCAUUGGCGAUCAUUACAGUGCUAAUUUAAAAUUCUUAUCAAUAGCAGUAAUAAUAUGCUCUCUGAUUCGACCAUCGUUUAAUUUUUUUUUUUCUUAGGAAUUCUUUUGGAAAUUGAAACCUGGACUAGAAUGUGAUGAAGAUGAUGUACUCAUAAAUAAAUUACCUGAUUAAGGGAUUUCAUGGGCUGCUUUCUAAUUAAUUUAUUCUUGUAUCACUGAUUUCAUUCCUAUUUAUAUACUAUCAUUGUUGUUCUCUCCUAACACAUCAAAGAGAAAGACAUUAGUAGAUGCGAACAAUGAUUCCGAUUAUAUUUAAGAAUGA